AACAUGACCACAAUCAGAGCGGAAGGCCUGAAUUGCGUUGUUGUCACUCUCACAACAAGAACUGAACCUCUCUCUCUCUCCUCUCUCUUCUCUUUCUCUCUCUACAUAUACCACAGAGCAAGAGCAAGCAUGUCUUCAGUCUCGUCCUUCGCCGCCAUUUCCAGUCCUCCCUCUUCUCUCAACAGAGCUUCGUUCGCUUCUCGCCUUUCCUCGCCUUUUCCAUUUCGUCACAACACUCGGUUUGGUGUCAAAUGCAGUUAUGCUGAGGCAGGUGUCAAGGAGGAUUCUAACUCCGGUACAAUAGAUGUUGUUGCUGAUGUUAAGACUGAGAGGGUUGUGGUCUUAGGAGGCAGCGGUUUUGUUGGUUCUGCUAUAUGCAAGGCUGCAGUAUCUAAGGGUAUAGAGGCCAUAAGCCUAAGCAGGUCAGGGCGUCCCUCUUACUCAAGUUCAUGGGUGGAUCAGGUUACUUGGAUGUCAGGAGAUGUUUUUUAUGCAAACUGGGAUGAAGUACUUGCUGGUGCUACUGCAGUGGUUUCAACACUUGGAGGUUUUGGUAGUGAAGAACAGAUGCAAAGGAUUAAUGGUGAGGCUAAUGUUGUUGCAGUUACCGCUGCUAAAGAUUUUGGAAUUCCCAAGUUCAUCUUGAUUUCAGUGCACGAUUAUAAUCUACCGUCAUUUCUACUUUCAUCUGGAUACUUCACGGGAAAAAGGAAAGCGGAAUCAGAGGUUCUCUCCAAAUACCCAACUUCUGGCGUUGUCUUAAGACCAGGUUUUAUAUAUGGGAAAAGGCGGGUGGAUGGCUUUGAGAUCCCUCUGGAUUUGAUAGGAGGACCACUGGAGAGAUUCCUGCAAGCCACUGAAAACUUCACCAAACCUUUGAGUUCUCUUCCGGGCUCUGAUCUACUCUUGGCUCCACCUGUCAGUGUCGAUGAUGUUGCUUUUGCAGUAAUAAACGCAAUCACAGAUGAUGACUUCUUUGGCAUUUUCACAAUAGAGCAAAUCAAGGAGGCUGCAGCCAAAGUGAGGGUGUGAUAUAUAGACUGCAACAUAGAAGCAACCAUAAUAUAUCUCAAGGUCAGGUUCAAGUAAUAUUCGUAGAAGUACAUUCAGGUCUGUCUGUGAUUUAAAACUCUUCGAAUUGCUUAUACAGAUUGUUGAGGCAAACUUUUUGAAGCUGGCAUUGACAUUAGCUUAAUACAUUUAAAACCGUCUCCAUAUAGAAGCGGUGAGCACGCAAAUUGGCAUGUAUGGGUGGUGAAACUCGUAAAACCUCUCAUGGGCUCUGUGAAUGUGAAGUACAGAUGCUUGCAGAUUAAAGAUCUGCUAUAGUUCUAUUCAUUGAUAGCACUCUUGUAAUGUACUGCAUAAUAGAACAAGUGAAAACAUAAAAAUAAAAAUAUUAUUGUGCUUCAUAAUUA